CGCUUUCAGGUUCGGUCGUAUCGGCCGUCUGGUGACUCGAGCUGCCUUCACCUCCAAGAAGGUGGAGAUCGUGGCCAUCAACGACCCGUUCAUCGACCUCGAGUACAUGGUUUACAUGUUCAAGUACGACUCGACUCACGGACGCUUCAAGGGCGAAGUGAAGAUCGAAGGCGACAAACUGGUGAUCGACGGACACAAAAUCACCGUUUUCCACGAGAGGGACCCGGCCAACAUUAAAUGGGGUGAAGCUGGAGCUCAGUAUGUGGUCGAGUCCACCGGAGUCUUCACCACCAUCGAGAAGGCCUCAGCUCACCUGAAGGGCGGCGCCAAGCGGGUCAUCAUCUCUGCCCCCAGCGCUGACGCCCCCAUGUUCGUGAUGGGCGUCAACCACGAGAAGUACAGCAACUCGCUGAAGGUGGUCAGUAACGCCUCGUGCACCACCAACUGCCUGGCUCCUCUCGCAAAGGUCAUCAACGACAACUUUGGCAUCGUCGAGGGUCUGAUGAGCACCGUUCACGCCAUCACGGCCACCCAGAAGACGGUGGACGGACCGUCCGGGAAGCUGUGGAGGGACGGCCGCGGUGCCAGCCAGAACAUCAUCCCUGCCUCCACCGGCGCCGCCAAGGCCGUGGGGAAGGUCAUCCCCGAGCUCAACGGAAAGCUGACCGGCAUGGCCUUCCGGGUUCCCACCCCCAACGUGUCCGUGGUUGACCUGACCGUCCGUCUGCAGAAACCUGCCAAAUACGACGACAUCAAGAAGGUGCUGAAGGCCGCCUCUGAAGGACCCAUGAAGGGAAUUCUGGGAUACACGGAGCACCAGGUCGUCUCCACGGACUUCAACGGCGACACUCACUCCUCCAUCUUUGACGCUGGCGCCGGCAUCGCCCUCAAUGACAACUUUGUCAAGCUGGUGUCGUGGUACGACAACGAGUUCGGCUACAGCAACAGAGUCUGUGACCUGAUGGCUCACAUGGCCACCAAGGAAUAAACCCACAUGUUCUCCAAGGUUCUAGAUAAAACUGUGCCUCUGCCCGGUUCCAUCACAGCUCUGACACCUGACGGCAGAAGCAGCCUUUACGUUGGUGACCAAUAUUUUUGUAUGAAGCGUCCUGUCCUGUAGUUGUGAAGGCGAGAGAAUAAAGUCCUGUCUGUGAGA